AUGAGCAGUAAUUUAUUAUGAUUUAUCUACUAAUAAUUAUAUACAAAUAUAGAUCGACAUUUAAACCAUCCGUAAUCUACUGUUAAUCGCGAUCGACUGUUUGGCCACCUCUGACCUAGAUGGUAAAAUCAGAUUUUCCGAAAAAGUUUAAUAUUGUAAAUACAUUUUUUUUUUUAUUAUUAUUUUGCUACCAAUAUUAAAUCUAUAUCAAACCUAUAUCAAAUCUCUUUGUUUUAAUUAUUUCUCUAGUAUUGUGAGUUUUCUUAUUUUCAUCUAUUAUUUAGCUGUAAAGUUAACUUAACAAACCUGCAAUUGACGUGUGUAUGCCUUUAUACAAAAAUAUAUAUUAUUCUAGAAAAUGAGAACGAUUAAUGUUUUAAGUCAUCGGAGAGGAAAUGUCUCUAUCUCUACGGUGAUAAUUUAUUGUUCUGGUACUGACUCAUAAAAGAUAACCUUUUAAAUGUUUUUGAAAAGGAUAUACUCGGGUAACUUUUGAAAAAAUUCGUACCCUCACUACAAUAAUAAUAAUUAACAAGAAUUUCUAGGGAGUGGAUAGAUGAACUGUUAGAUUUAUACAUAUACACUAUAAAACCUCCACAAAUUACGACGCGGUAUUAUAGACUUUUUUUUUUUUUUUAAAUCGAAAAAUUAUAGGUAUUUAUUAUAAUAUUAUAUUUGAUUUUUUUUUUAUUAUUAUUAUUUAUACUUAAUAUUUUUUCCUAUAAUAAUGUAUUAUUAAUUUGUAUUAAUAAUGCAAAUGAAAUAAUUAAUAUCUAAAUAUCCAUUCAUUCAAUCUACCAAGCUGAAACUCUAAGUAAAACAUAGCAAGCCGGCAACUAUCAUAAUACCAUGCCAUAAAUGUAUUAUAGGUGGGAAAUUGAAACAGCUGUUGUUAUGUACUCGGAAUCGAAUAGUAGAUAAAUAUAUAUAUAUAUUAUAUUAAUACAGUCACUAUAUAUUUUAUAUCUCGUAAAGUAACGAUUUCAAUAUAGAUACCAAUGCGAAGAGAAUCGAGUAAAAUUUCAGCUGUAGAAUAUUCGAUCAUAGUCUAUUACGGUAUAUUCGCUAUUUUAAUCAAAUAUUCUAUGCUGGUUUAUUUCUGACAUUUAGAUUCGAGGCAUAGCGACGAAUGUAACGGUUUUACUAUGUUUUAAGAUAUCAAUUUAAAAUUCACAGAUUAUAUUAACCAUAUCAAUCUCAUGAACAAAAAUAUCUUAAAAAUAGUUUACUAUAUUAAAAGACAUAAAAGACAAAAAGUCACACAAACGAAACAAACAAACAUUUCCGCAAAAAAAGGUCAGCGUAUCUGGAACUAUGAACUACAGUCGAUCUGUUUUUUUGUUUAAGAUGUAUGAUAAUAACAUAUAUUUAACAAAUAAUAUAAACUGCGAAACAGAAUAUGCAUUAUAUUACGAGUUAUGGCAUACUAGCACCUAGUUGUAUGAAAUUAUUUAUACUUUAUGCUUACAAAAUCCAAGAUAUAAUUUACUGCUCGCUCUAGGGGCGUAUUUAUAUGUACACUGACUCAGUGACAAAAUUCUAAACUUAAUCAACUGUACAGUGUCUUAUUUAUCCCAAUACACAUUCUAAAAAACAAAGAUGUAAGGCAUUUUUUGGCGAUGCAGCUUUCGGUUUAUAGUUUGCUACAUUAUUUGCUAUUUGGUAUAGCAAUAUGGCCAAAACGUUUCGUUUGUUGUACAAUAUUUUAGGAAUGGUAUAGAAUUUUUUAGUUUUUCAGCGGAUAAAAUAUAUUAUAAUGUAUAAUAAUUUCGAUUAAAAUCCUACGCGUGUGCACGUGAUAAGCUGACCACGGUCAGUCACUGACCGUACAGUUUUAGCAGCGAUUGGUUUUUAGAUUAAACUACGUCCCUGAAGUUGGCCCACCCACUUCAUCCGAUUUCGUCAAAAUUGGUAUCGAAUUUUUGCGAAAAAUUUGCGAGGAUUCUCAAGUUUAUUCCCAGAAUUUGCGAGUGGCUUUCACCCUCAUACAGGCGAGUAGGCCAAUUUUAGGUUUUCAAACCUAGAGGGUGGCUCAUAAAUGGAUUUAUGAUAUUUUUGAUAUGACCAUUUAGUUAUUUUUGAUUACCUUGAUAACACAGAUAAAAACGGCAGUUAAUAUUAGUUAAUUGGUUGCCUGCACGAAUAAGAAAAUACCCGUAUAAAAAAAUUAAUUACCGGGCAACAACGGUUAACUGUAAUAGAGGUAGAAACAAAGAGUAAAGACUUGCUAUACUAAUUUCAUUAAUUUUGCACAUUUAAUCUGCUUUGUUUUGAAUUCACUCCACGAUUAAUUAUAAUUACAAUAUUGUUUACAUAGAGUAAUUGUUCAAUUAUUUAAAUACGAGACUAGGAACUUCAUGGGUUAUGAUAGUACAUAAUAAAGUUGUAUGCCUAUACGUAAUCUAAUUAAAAUUUAAGGACUUAUGCAAAUUUAUAACUUUUGAAAAUCACUUAAAAUCUGAUAUCAUAUUGAAUUACUAAAAUAGAUACCUAUCUACGAGUUUAAAUUUAUAUUACUACAAUAAAUUUUACCGAAUAAUUUAAUAAACAUUUUAUCGUUUACACCGAGCGCACAAUAAGAUUACAAAUCCGGAUUUUUUUUUAUUUUUGUCAAAAUCGAUCUAGUAAACCGUGUGAUGACUUGUAAUGUGCCCAUUAAACAUUAAUGUUUAUUGUCCAUAACAAAACCAAAUUAUAACUGUUAUUUAUGACUAAUAUAAUUUGAAUUUUUAAAAAAACAAUAUAAUUUAUUACGUUAGACAAAAUUUAACCUUCUAUUAUAAAUCAAUGAAUAUAAAUAAUUAAUAUGUACGGUUUUUAUGCAUAAGAGUCUGCGGAUUACCACUCAGUUAGAAAAUUAUAGAACUAACAUUUGUCUUACGUCUUUCAAAUUAAUUAACAUGUGUAAUAAAGUUCUAUGUAACCGUACCAAAACUAAGUAAUGCAUUUUGAUAUUGAAUCUACUUUUUCGAACUAAAUAAUCCACAACAAACAUAAAAGAAGUAAUAUAAUAUCUACGGAACAUUUUUACAAAUAGGUAAAUUAAUAUUGUAAUAAUACCAAAAAGCAAAAAAUUAUAACUCGAGUUAUUUAUUGGUUAAAAAAAAAAAAACUAAAGACCUAAUACUAAAGUCAGGUGUACUACUGUUGUAAAUGGAAAUUUGGGAAGAUAGGAUACUUAAAGUUAUUUAAUUUAAAUUGGAAGCAACGAUAAAUCUAACGAUAUGGUUGCCAUUUGAAAAUCAAAAGUAGGUAGUGGUUUUAUCCCCAAAAAUAAAUGUGAUAAAAACACACACACACAUAUAUACAGUGAGAGUAAAAAGUAUUCGUACACCCUACUUUUUUAAAUAAAUAUACAUUUUUCUUCAUGAUUUUCUAUUUUUAUCAAUAAAUUAAUACAUGCAUAUUAUUCAUUGACGAUUUUUAAUUAUAUUAAAAAAAAAAACCAUGACAAAUGUUAUAUUAAUAAUAAUAUUCAAUAAUAAACAAAAAAAUACAUAUAAAAUAGGAACAAUAUAUAUUCGUACACUUAUAUUUUAGUUACGGAAUCACCUGUUUACUCACAAUAAUGUUAUUAGAAAACGAUAAGAUAUACAAAAUGUCACAUUAAAAGUUUGUCCCCGAUCACGUUACAAGAUUAUACCAAUUCAGUUAGCUUCGAAAUAUUAUUGGAAUAUCUAUCACAAAAUGAGUCGAAAAAAAUGCGAGACAAAUAAAACUGAACGUGAACUAAUUCUACGGUUGCAUAAUUAAUGCCAAUCAUUACGUCAAAUAUCAAAAAUUGUCAACAGAGCUCAUAGCACUGUGAAAGACAUGAUAGAUCGAUACAGUUGAGCGGAAAAGUCACGAAAAUAAGCAACGAUCUGGUCGUCCGAAAAAACUUUUUGACCAUGAUAAACGUAUAGUUUAACGAAAAGUCAAAUUAAAUCCAAAAAUAAGCGCUCCUGAAAUAGCACAAGAUCUUGCGAAUUUUUCUGGAGUACGUGUUUGUGUAAGUAAAAUUAGAAAUUGUUUAAAAAAUAGUGAUUACCAUGGACGAGUAGCUNUAUAUUUAUAGACGAAAGUAAAUUUAAUAUUUUUGGCUCUGAUGGAAGACGUUUUGUUUGGAGAAAAGUGAAUACAGAAAUGGAACCAAAGAAUUUACAGCCUACAGUAAAAUACGGAGGAGAUUCUGUAAUGGUUUGGGGAUGUAUGAGUGCUCAGGGUGUUGGAAACUUACACUUUAUUGAUGGAAUUAUGAACCAAUAUAUUUAUUUAAAUAGUUUGAAGACAAAUCUUGCAGCUAGUGCCGAAAAAAUGGGCAUCAAAGAUGAUUUCAUAUUUACACAGGACAAUGAUCCCAAGCACACUGCAAAAAAAAUUAAGGCUUGGUUGUCGAACAAUGUAACUGAAUAUCUUGUGACGCCACCACAGUCUCCAGACAUUAAUCCUAUUGACAAUUUGUGGGAUUAUUUGGACAGAAAAAUUCGAGAUCACAAUAUUUCAAGUAAGGAAACUUUAAAAAAAGCUCUAGAAGAGGAAUGGAAUAAAAUCACAGCAGAAACAACACGUCAUCUGGUUGAUUCAAUGUCUAAGAGGUUAGAGGCUAUAAUAAGGUCCAAAGGCUACCCUACAAAGUACUAA